CCCGGAGUCUCCAUUGGCCAGCCUCCUCUCCCUGGUUACGUAGAUAGCCAUUUUAGCUAGGAUGAGGAGGGAAGCUGACUGUAGCGGGGUGGCUACCUGCUCCUGCCCUGCAGGACUUGAAACAGCCCAGGAGAGGGCUGGGGCUGGGGCUGGGGCAGGGAGCAAAGCCCCCGCUGACUGGGGGAAGUGUCUGCAGCUGGGGCCAUGCCCCAAACAGGCUAACUGGGCCUUAUAAGAAGGCCAGGGCAGCUAGAAGCUCAGGAUUCUCUCUCUACAAGCAGAGAGAGAAGGGCCUAGUUGCUAGGGAGCUGAGCAGGGUACUGGGAGUGGUCCAGUGCUGGGGGAAGGCUAGAGGAGCUGCGGAGCUCAGGCCUAGGAAAGCCCCAGGCUGUGAGCCUAGCUAAGGGCCUAAGACCAGUACCGGGGCUGCAGAGGGGCAGCCCAGCUAUAGAGAGAGGCAGCAGGUCCAACCCACCCUUGCCUGUGAUGAGUGGUGUAUACUGCAGUCUGCCCCAGGGAGUGGGGCUAGAUGGUGACUGGCAGUAGCCUUACACUGAGGCAAGGUGGGGUUAGUGGGCGGGGGUUCCCCUAGGUGGAGACCCAGAGUGUGGGGGUACUGCCAGGGGGACAGCAACCCAGAGAAAGGGGCACCGGGGUCCUGGGAAGGAUACGAGGGCCAGCAGUAAGGCAGAUCACCAGCCUACAGGGGGCGCUCCAGGAUGCUGGGAGAGCUAAUUCCCAUGGAUGACCAGCAGGAGGUGCUGCAGGGAUUCAUAGCCCGGCCCCUGGGCAGAAAGCUGGGUUUGAGGGACAAGGUGAGACUGAACGCUCCACCCAAUCCUGUGCUGGAAACCUUCUACGCCACUCACAGCAAGGAUCCAAAGGAGGGGGAGCUGAUCAGCUUAUCCAAGCAGUGUGACUUGCCCACCAGAAAGGUGGAGAGGUGGUUCCGAUACCGGCGGAACCAGGACAAACCCAGCCUGAUUACAAAAUUCUGUGAGGUCAGCUGGAGGUUUACAUUUUACUUCAUUUCUUUCUUCACUGGACUUGCUGUCCUGUAUGAUAAGUCCUGGUUUUGGGACCAUAGAAAAUGCUGGGUGGGGUAUCCACAACAGCCCUUACUGCCCUCGGUGUUCUGGUACUACAUGCUGGAACUCUCCUUCUACUCCUCGCUGGUCUGCGUGCUGCCCUUUGAUGUGAAAAGGAAGGACCUUAGUCAGCAGAUUGUCCACCAUGCGGCUACCAUCUUCCUGAUCUGUUUCUCCUACUGUGCCAAUUACCUCCGCAUUGGGACACUGGUGAUGGUGAUCCAUGAUGCUUCAGACUGUAUCCUAGAGCCAGCCAAGAUAUUCAAUUACAUGAAGUGGAGACGAAUUUGUGAUGGGCUCUUCAUCAUCUUCUCAGCUAUUUUCUUCAUCACCCGUCUGCUCAUUUUCCCCUACAAGGUGCUCUACAACACAUACUACUACUCCAUGGAGCUCUACCAGCCCUUCUUUGGGUACUAUUUCAUGAACGCUCUCCUGAUGAUUCUGCAGCUGCUGCACGUCUUCUGGUCCUGUUUAAUCAUUCACAUGGUCUACAGAUUCAUCCUGUGUGGCACGGUGGAAAGGGACUUGAGAAGUGACACAGAAGAAAGUGACAUGGCUGAAGAGGAGAGAGAACAAAUGAAGGAGAAAGAGAAAAAUGGGACCAUGCAUUUUAGCAACAUCACAAACAACAAUUGCAUCCGGAAUAGCGGGGUCCAGCAGCUAAACAGCAGCGCCCAUCUCAGCAAUAGCCAUGCCAAAGACAGAUAACCUGGGCCAGGCCUGUUGACUGAUCCAGCUAUACCGAACACAGCCUAACGUCCUUAGGAAUUGUCUUACUCAUUGUGUAGACCAGAAGGGAAGCCAUUUUAAUUUCAUAGCUGAAUUCGUGCUUCUGAUAACAGAAUUGUGUGUUGUCACUUAAUAUGUAAAGGAUGCUUCUGCUCUUUUUGCCAAGAGGAGCUUUGCACAGGUUGUAGCCUUGAAGGGAUCAAACUGGCUUGGCUUUAGCAAUACUGUAGGUGUGGUUAACUAUCUUGAACAAUACUCUAAGCAGCUGAUUAAUGUUUAGCAAUUGUAACUUACAGUGUCAUCUGCCUAGCAGCAUUUGGCAGGAGUCUGCUAGCUCUGUCCAGCACUUUAGUGAAAAUCCGGGCAUGUGGCUAUUAGUGAUUAAGGCUAGCAGAUAAAUUCCAGUGUCUUUAUAUUAUAUGUGCCCGUUUGGGCAGAUAGUAUGCUCCACCAAGCUGAGCAUCAGUGAAAGUCAGGGAGAUUUCCUCCAUACACAAAGUGAUUAACUGCUGGAGAAAUGUGGGAAUGUCCAACACAAUCAGUUUGUUGUUGAUGUGGUGGACCUCAGUCCUUCUCAUGGUCUGGGUUAGGUUCUCUGCUGUGCUCAGCCAUCAGAAAAGGUUGUUAGAUGAUGGAAAGGGGAGCUCAGUGCUUGGGUUAGGUCCUGGGUAGUUUCUGCCUAGAUCACAAGAGUCGGACAAUUUGUGCCGCUGUUCACCAACUGCCAAUAUUUAUCCUUUAAACCAGUUUCUCUAGCGAACACUGUGUUAAAAGGGAAAGGGGGCAGGAGACUGGACAGUCUAGGUAACAAUGCUGCACCAAAAGUGUUUGUGAUUUCACCUCCCUAUGAAUGGUGCAGGGGGAUCUCUGCAGAGUUGGCUUUUGAGAAGCAAGGAAUUGCUGCCCUGCUUUCUCCCUCCAGGGAAAGGGGAUCCAGAGAGAAACUGCUGAACCUCAUGGCAUGAUAUUUUAAUCAAGAGCUGUAGUUCAGAACUCUGCUUAAACUCCUCAGUAAUAUACAAGAUUGAAGCAUUAGUCCAUGAAGUCAUGACGCAGCUCUGAUUUCUGUUUAUUUUAUACUUCACAUGAGCCUCUUUGCACAUCAUGUGCUGUAUAUUCUUAGAGUCUGGAUACAAUCAAAUCAUUUCAAAAGAGCUCUGCACAAAUUGAAUCUCCAUCAUGUCAAUGUGUAUUUGAAAUACAAAGCCACAAAAGCAUGGAGCUUGGUCUAAUGGUGGCAUGAACUGCUGUGCUCCCAGCUUCAGUACUAGGAGAUCCAGGGCAAUAUCCCCCUGGACCAGGUGCUGAAUUGAAAAGUGAAAUUGGACAGAGUAAGGUCCUGAAUUUAUGUUUCGUUUUAAGUAUGUGCUUAUGUGCUUUCUGGGAUGGGGAUGUAAAAGAGCAUGUUGGGGCAGGCUUGGGAUGGUUCUCAGAAACACACUCAGCUCACUGGAAGGGGUUGGCUGGAGAGAUGGCAGUGAUCUGAGUCCAUUUGUUUGGGGUUGGUUUGUUUUCUUCAGAUUAAAAAAUUACUGUGUGGUUCCAGAAGGAAAAACUUUGUCUAACAUGGGGGCAUUAGAGGGACAGCAUAACACUGUUGGGAACCAAUGAAGCCCGGAUGCUGAUAACACGAUUUGAAUUCAUUAGUGCUACUGGAGAUAAUUGUCCCUGAAUGUUGGGAUUAAGCUCAAAGUUCAAAUUAAAUGUACUGUAAACAGUUGUCUGUCUGCUAACUACAGUGCGAAAUCUUCCUAUGCGUCUGCGAGUGACAAGUGAUGGGUUUAGGAGGGAAGGUUGCAUUUCAAGUCCACUUUGCAUUGCUGAUUGUAAAAGUUCUCUAUUAAUAACUUUUGCAAGGUUCGGUUGUCUAAGCUCGUUGCCAUCUGUUCAGCGAAAGCAGGAGGUGGCAUUGUCACCUCCACGCAGAUUAGCAGAGGUUUCAUUUGGAGAUUUAUUUUUAAAAAUAAAAGUUGUAAUGAUCAGAUCA